AUGAUACCGGCUUCAUCAUACGUAUACACUUUCCUGGACAAGACUACAACAGCUACUGGGCCAAGGUUUCCCGGCUCAGUGGUUUUGGCGGAACCAUCCUUUAACCAAGACGAUUACCAAUUGGAGAUCGCCUACAGAGCCUAUAAAAGAAAAGAAGCACCCAAGAGUGGUCCCAGGGUGAAUCUUGUGUUUCAUCAUGGGGUUGGAAUGAACAAAGGUAUAUGGCAUUACCACAUUGACAAGUGGUUCAAUUUGAUUCCCAAUGUCAAUUAUUCCGUUGCAAUUGACUGCGUCAACCACGGACAGUCGGCAGUUCUUAACAAGAGCAAAUUGGGUCAUAAAGUCAGCUGGAUCGACUUUGCUAAGGACGUUAUCAAGGUAGUCAAAAUCGAUGAAGCGCAAGAGUUUUUAAAGCCAGGUGCUGUUAACAUUUUCUUGGGGCAUUCUUGCGGUGGCAUGGUUUCCUUGACUUCGGCCUACUUUGAACCAACCCUUUUUGACGCAAUAAUAGCAUUGAACCCCGUUGCUUAUGCUGACGAAUUGAGCGAUCAGCUAUUGACUAUGGGCAUUAAUAUGUGGCGCAACAAAGGUUCCAUAACCAAUGAGUAUGAUGUGGAAGAAGGACAGGACCACAAGCUGGCCAUUUAUUCGUUUUACAAGACAAAGUCGUUUUUCAGGGCAUUUGACGAUACUAUUCUUCGCAACAUGCUUGAAGAUGAACAUCUUGACUAUGAUGUGUCAAACAAAGCAUUAACUAGCACCCAAGCAUCUCAAGAGUACUUGACAUUCAUGGGAUCAGGCUCCAGUAUUCGCAGAGCAUUUCCUUCGUUUGGUCAAAUUGAAACGUCAGUUUACCACAUUGUUGGAGAAAAAGAUACCGCUCCAGACCAAGCCGUCCAGGCUAUUCGUGAAGCUUUAGCAGGUGUUGUACAUCCAAUCGAUGUUCCUGGAGGGUCACAUAUGUUCAAUGCGAUAAAACCAGAAGUUUUCACUGAUAUAGUGAAGAAGAUUAUAACUGAAAGAAUUGAAGUUUUCGAGCAAACUGGCGAUAAAAGGUAUCCAGAUGAGGUUUACAUGAAAACGCAUGGUUCUGAUUAUAAGCAAGUAUUGACGAGGAGGGCACUAGAAGAUGGUUUUGGAAAGCCAAAUUUGUAG